CACUGAGUACAUCAACAUUCCUAACAGACCCAGUCACACCUCGCAAGUCGAGUCAAAGAACAACCUGGGCCCUAUCCAUACACCACUGGGACAUUCCUACAUCACUUUUACCAGCCACUUGCGAUUCUCUUCUGAGGCCGGUCAAAUACCCAGAGGAACUCACUCCAAUUUCCCAGCAAAGCUCAAUUUCUGAACAUUCAUUCCAACCAUUCUUUUCGAGAACGACACUAGAACAAUCAUGAAGUCUUACACGGUUCUCAUGCUGGCCUCGGCCGCUGUUACCCAGGCCAUUCAACAGUGCUCCGGCACGGCCAAGGAAGAGGGUGGUAACUGGUGGUGCGGUGCUGUUGAUCAGAUCUUGUAUUCCAAUGUCGGUCACCCUGGCACUUACAAGGCUGUCAACCACAUGGGUGAUGAUGGUUCUUGCACCUUUGAGGAUGUUGCUUUCUCAGGUCCCCUAGCCCCUUUCAAUGAGGAGCUUAUGCCUGUCUUCCGUGGUCCCAUGCAGCUGAAGCAGGUCGCUAUCUACAGCCUGUCUUCCAAGGCCAAGCGCUCCCCUGCCGCUUCUCACGUCCACGCUCGCCGUCAUGGCCAUCACGGUCACCAGCACCUCCACAAGAGAUCGGUCGAGUCUCCCAAGGAGGAGCCCAAGGAGGAGAAGCGUGGUGAAGACUGGGUCGUUGCGGAAAUCGACGGCAAGGUCGUGUCCUGGAUCAAUAACUACUUUGGCCCUACCCCCGCGGCACCCCCUGCUGCUGCUGCGACCCCUGCUGUCGCUCCUGUCGUUGCGCCCAGCCCAACUCCCACUCCUUCUCAGCCCCCUGUCGCUGCUGCUGUUCCUCAGCCUGCCAGCUCCAAGGCUGCUUCAAGCUCUGGCUCGGGCUCGGGCUCCGUUAGCGGUGACUACGAGCGUGUCGGCUACUACAACGCUGAUGAGGGAGUUGCUGACGGCAUCGUGUUCCUUGGCAACUACGGAGGCCAGCUCUCUGGCAAGUUUGACAACGUCUUUGGUAACUCUUUGUCCUACCUGAAUGCCGCCGGCACUGGUGGCGCCGCUUCACCCGAGGUCUUGAAGCCGAUCACCCUCAAGUCCAACCAGGAGUUCCUGAUCGCCAGCGACAAGUCAUGCGAUGAUGGUGGCUGCGGAUACUCUCGCCCUGGCUCUGUUGCAUACCACGGCUUCAAGGGUGAGGAUUCAGUCUGGCUCUUUGAGCUGAGCAUGCCUCUCGACGGAACCACUGGUUUCAACGCCGACAUGUCCGCCCUUUGGUUCCUCAACGCUCGCAUCCCCCGCGUUGCUCAGUACAGUACUUGCUCCUGCUGGCCUGCUUGUGGUGAGCUCGACGUUCUCGAGGUCCUCGCCACUGGCGAUACUAAGUGCAAGUCAACCAUCCACUCCAACGUUCCCGGCGGCUCAUCCGACUACUUUGAUCGUCCUACUGGCGCCCCCGCCAAGGUCGCUGUUGUCCUGGAUGGUGACUCUGGCCAGGUCUCAGUCAAGAUGUUGGACUCAAGCGUCAACUUGAGCUCUGGCAUCACCCGCUCUCAGGUGGAGGGCUGGCUCUCCGCCGACUCCGUCUCGACCGCAAGCACCGGCGGCAAGAGCAACAGGGUCUCCUUGUUUGCUUUGUCGUCUUGAGUGUUUCCACGUUUUUGAUUUCUGCUUGGAUGGGAUUCCAACAAGUACAUGAUUUGCAUAUAUGGGAUUGGGGGUUUGACGACAACUUUUACUUCUUCUUCUUCUCGCUGGAUUGAGCCCAAGCAAGAUUUUUUCUUUAUGCAUUGGAUCUUCGGCAUCCGAUGAAUUGAGACUUUCUUCUUUUUUUCUUUCGAUAUGCGAGGGUGCUAGUUACUCUCGCCUUUGGGGGCAAGGGGAUUGCGAAACGACAUUAGA